AUGACGACAAUGGAUCUUCGUGUCGGUAAUAAAUACCGCAUCGGCCGCAAGAUUGGUUCCGGAUCUUUCGGUGACAUCUACCUCGGUACCAACAUCAUCUCGGGCGAAGAAAUCGCCAUCAAGCUCGAGAGCGUCAAGGCAAAGCACCCCCAGCUCGAGUACGAGGCCCGAGUCUACAAGUCGCUCGCAGGUGGUGUUGGCAUUCCAUUUGUCCGCUGGUUCGGUACCGAAUGCGACUACAACGCCAUGGUUCUCGAUCUCCUGGGACCCAGCUUGGAAGAUCUCUUCAACUUCUGCAACCGCAAGUUCUCAUUGAAGACAGUUUUGCUACUCGCCGACCAACUCAUCUCUCGUAUCGAGUAUAUCCACGCCAAGUCGUUUAUUCACCGUGAUAUCAAGCCCGACAACUUUCUGAUGGGCAUCGGCAAGCGCGGUAACCAAGUCAACGUUAUCGAUUUUGGUCUCGCCAAGAAGUACCGUGACCCCAAGACUCACUUUCACAUCCCUUACAGGGAGAACAAGAACCUUACUGGAACUGCCCGUUAUGCAUCUAUCAACACCCACUUGGGUGUCGAGCAAUCUCGCCGUGAUGACAUGGAGUCCCUCGGCUAUGUCAUGCUUUACUUCUGCCGUGGCUCUCUCCCCUGGCAAGGUCUGAAGGCAGCGACCAAGAAGCAGAAGUAUGACAGGAUCAUGGAGAAGAAGAUGACCACUCCCACCGAGGUUCUCUGCCGCGGAUUCCCCAACGAGUUCGCCAUCUACUUGAACUACACCCGUUCUCUGCGCUUCGACGACAAGCCCGACUACAGCUAUCUUCGCAAGAUUUUCCGUGAUCUGUUUGUCCGUGAGGGAUUCCAGUACGACUACGUUUUCGACUGGACUGUGUACAAGUACCAGAAGAACGCUCAGGCAAUUCGCCAGGGUGAGGAUAAGCAGGCCCGUGAGGACCCGUCCCAACAGGCCCAGGCGGGCACUGCUGCUCAAUCCAGCCGCCCUCGCAACAAGAACCUGAUUCCCGGCGAGGAUACCCCCAACACCAGAGGUGCCGUCGGCGGCAGCGACAGGAUCUCCCUUCAAGAGAUAUCCCCAUUGAGCUAUGCGUUCAUCGGGGGUCCCUUGUUGGCCCCGUUCCUCUCGCGAUACGAAGAGGCGCUCAACAUAGCAGCCGUCAAGAUCAAAUCCACCCCCUCGACCCCCGCCACGCCGGCAUCUGCCACCGUCGAAGACGAUCGCAACGAUGCAGCCUCGCCGGCCCCGGACGCGGAGGAAGAGCAGCAGUCGCCCUUGCUGAGCCCGCCGUGGAGAAAAGCCCGCCGAGCGCGGGGGCCCUACACGCUCGUAAAGCAGCACAAUGUCGGUAUGACCGCCAUCAUGCUCUUUGCGCUGCAGCCGUCGACCAUCUCGAGCGUCGAGCUGGCAGAGGUUGGGUUUGGCACGCUCGACAUGGGCAACAAGGGCGCCGUGGCUGUCCGUUGCAUCUUCACCCCGCGCGGCAGCUCCUCGGCCGGCAGCGGCGACGGCGCCUUUACGCAGCUCACGCUGGUGGCCACGCACCUCGCGCCCAUGGAGUGGAAUCUUAAGAGGAGGCACGCCAACUGGCAGAGCAUCUGCUCGGCGCUCUUGUUUGGCGACCCUGUGGCUACGAUCAAAGAGGUUGCUAGGCCCGAGGACCAGGACGUGGUGUCGGGUCUACUGAGGCGGCGUUCCACCGGCAGGGUCUCUGACAGCGCAGCGAGCCCGGCGCCGACGGCCGAGGAGGAGGCCGAAGCUGAGGCGUUGCUGCGGGAGGCUGAGGAGCAAGAUCGGGUCCUGGCGGGCCACAUGCGCGAGGCGCUGCGCGACAUGACCAUCUUUAGGCCCGGCAGCCAUGUGUUUGUCGCUGGAGACCUGAACUACCGCACGUCGGACAAGUCCCCCAAGAAGGAAGACAGGUUUCCGAGCUUCGAUCCCGAUUCUCCCGAUCACUGGCCCACGCUCCUGGAGAGAGAUCAACUUAACAAGGAGAAGGCGGCGGGCAGGGUGCUCCGCUGCUUCACCGAAGAGGACAUUUCCUUCCCACCGACGUACAAGUACGACGUGCUGCACUCGACAGACGGCGCAAUCAACGAAGUUGAAGCCAGGGAGGCCAUGGAGCGCGGGGAGGGCGAUCUGGUCGUGCCGUACCGCUUUGCUAAGCACAGGUGGCCGAGCUGGACCGAUCGGGUGCUGUACAUGGAAGUGCCCGAGUUUGCCAAGCACGACGGCCAAGGCGAGGAGGACCACCACACAUUUGAGGUCCGCGCGUACACCUCCAUGCCGCUGAUGCGGUCCUCGGACCAUCAACCCGUGUUUCUGCGCCUCGAUGUACCCAUCCUGACGCCCACGGAGUUGGGCAGGGAAGUGGCCAAGGCCAAGGGCGUGGCCGGCCAGGUGCUGGACUCGUCGCGAGAAGAUGGAAAAGUCGGAGGAGGCGCAGCAGGGGGCAAAGAUGGAAGCUCCGACAGCGGCGACUCGGCAGCGCAGGACCAAGACGUGCGCAUCCGCCUCCCAUACCCGCUCGACAUACACGCCACGGCGCGCCGCCAAGUAGCCAGGUCCCGCGAGUUUGUGUCGGGCUGGACCAUGCUGCUGUGGUGCACCAAGGAGGGCGCGGCCGCGCUCGGUUCGCUGGCCGUGUUGACCCUGGGCACGUACUGGCUGUACCAAGUGCUCUAG